ACUGUGUUAUAAAUCCUUUCAGGGCUGGGUCCAUAUCUGAUUCAUCUUCAUAUCUCCCAUCCCAGCCAGCCAUGAAGCAGACAGUGCUUGCUCAUCACUUGUGUGACAGGCACUGGUCACUGGGGAAACAGAAGAAUAAGAGUCUGUCCCUGCCAAUGAGAGGCCUGCCGUGUAAUGAGAAAGUCAACCACAAGUGUAAUACUGUAGCUCACUACUGUCAGGAGCAAAUGCUCUGGAGAUAGGAGGAGGACUAGGGAAGCUUUCACAGGGAACUCACGCCCGACUCGUGUAGCAAGCAGUAUUUAGGAAUACCAGCAGAUGAACCUGUUGAGAGAAGCAUUCUAAAAAGAGGAAUGGGCAUUUCAGUGACCCGCUGUUUGUGUUUAGCAUGGCUAAAGCAUAGGGUACGUAUCUGUCUAGCCUGUCGGGAUAAGACUAGAAAGACAGGGACGAGAUCAGUGCAGUCUAAUGCAGAAGCUCCGUGUGGCUGUUGAGCACUUGAAAUGUGGCCAGUGCAACUGAGAAGCUGCACGUUUCAUUCUAAUUACUUCAGCCACACAUGGCAAUGGCUACUGUGUUGAACAGCACGGGGCUGGAUCAUGAGAGCCCUCCUUUACCAUCCUAAGGAGUUAGGACUUCUUCCUGAGUGGGAGAGAAAAGUCGGGAGGUGGGAAGGUGUCAAGAUUCCUGGUUUUGGAAAGAUCACUCUAGUGUGUCAAUUCUCAACCUCUUUGGCCUCCAGAACUCAGAAACUUGACUUUUUGCCAGACACUUUCCUAGGGUCUGUGAUGUUGGGAACGCAGCAGUCAACCAAGCAGACAGAAAUCUGGCCCCCUGUGGAGCUCGACACCUGAGCACGAGAAAAAUGCAGUCACACAGUACGUUGGGGGAUGAGGAUAAGAGCAUGGGUUCUCCUGCUGGAACCUCAGCCGUUUUGCAUAUGAUCAUCUUUUGUUGGCAGUGUGACCUUAGGCAAGUUACUUAGCCCCUCUGCCUCAGCUGUAAAAUGGUAUACAAAUAGUGGCUAUCUGUGGGUCAUUAAGAAGAGUAACUUGAUAUUUGUAAAUAAGCAGGGCCCAGCACAUAAUAAGUUCCGUAUAACUAAUAAAUAAGUAAACGCUAAGGAGAAAAACUAAGUCAAAGGAAAGAGAUGGGUGGAGGGGACAGCUUGCAAUGAUGGUUUGGGUGGCCAGGGAAGGCCUCCUUGAGAAGGUGACAUUGAGUAAAAAGUGAGAAAGUGAGUUGCACGGAUGAUUUCUAAGCAGAGGGGGUAGCACGUUCAGAGGCCCAGAGACAAGGAACAUAGUACCUUGCAUGGUACUUUGUGCAUAAGAGGGAUCUAACAGUCAUUUAUCAGGUGAAUGGGUAUUUCAGAUUCCCGUUCAGUUUAAUCAUUUUGCCUAUCGCCUACCUCCAACCCCCACCCCUAAUCUUCCUUAAUUCAGUACCUGUUUGGCGACCUGGUAUUUUGGGUCACUGAUUGGCUUUUAGGUAGAGAGCGACGAACUAGUGCUAGAUUUUUACCAUCUCUUUUUCGAUUUUUUUUUAAAUUUAAAUUCAAGUUAGUUAACAUAUAGUGUAGUCUUGGCUUCAGGAGUAGAACCCAGUGAUUCAUCUCUCUGUCAGUCAGAGAAAGACAGAUUUCAUAUGAUUUCACUCAUAUGUGGAAUUUGAGAAACUCAACAGAUGAAAAUAGGAGAAAGGAAGGAAAAAUAAGAUAAAAACAGAGAGGGAGGCAAACCAUCAGAGACUCUUAAAUAGAACAAACUGAGGGCUGCUGGGGUGGGGGGAGAUGGGUCAUAUUACCAUCUCUUUUGAUUUAGGCUUGUAUCUCUGACAGCAUGAAAUUGACUAAGAAGUGUAUUGCUCUCAGUGAGCUCUUCCAAUGGCUUCAGUGCAAGGAUCACGUACCAGAUCGCGUGUGGUUGGAUUCAAACACGUACUUGGUAAAACAACAUUCAUGUCUUCUUGGAUUGUGCCGUCUUUGUGAUUUUUCUCGCUUUCUGGAACAGGAAUGCUCUAACUCCAGGAGGACCCCAUCGUUUCUGUAGUGGUGUGUGAGGACUGACUCCUAGAACAUUGCCUGGUCUCUGACCCAUCAGCAUGGGGAGGAUCGGCAUCUCCUGUCUUUUUCCUGCUUCCUGGCAUUUUAGCAUCUCUCCGGUGGGGUGUCCUCGAAUUCUGAAUACCAAUUUACGCCAGAUUAUUGUUAUUAGUGUUCUGGCUGCUGCUGCUUCACUUUUAUACUUUUCUGUUGUCAUAAUCCGAAAUAAGUAUGGGCGGCUAUCCAGAGACAAGAAGUUUCAAAGGUACUUGGCACGAGUUACUGACAUUGAGGCCACAGACACCAAUAACCCGAACGUGAACUACGGUGUCGUGGUGGACUGUGGUAGCAGUGGGUCUCGGAUAUUUGUCUAUUGCUGGCCGAGGCAUAACGGCAAUCCUCACGAUCUGCUGGAUAUCCGCCAAAUGAGGGAUAAAAACCGAAAGCCAGUGGUUAUGAAAAUAAAACCCGGCAUUUCAGAAUUUGCUACCUCUCCGGAGAAAGUCAGUGAUUACAUUUCUCCACUCUUGAACUUUGCUGCAGAGCAUGUACCACGGGCAAAGCACAAAGAGACGCCUCUCUACAUUCUCUGCACAGCUGGAAUGAGAAUCCUUCCCGAAAGCCAGCAGAAAGCCAUCUUGGAAGACCUUCUGACCGACAUCCCCGUGCACUUUGACUUUCUGUUUUCUGACUCUCAUGCAGAAGUAAUUUCAGGGAAACAAGAAGGUGUAUAUGCUUGGAUUGGCAUUAAUUUUGUCCUUGGACGAUUCGAGCAUAUUGAAGAUGAUGAGGAGGCAGUUGUGGAGGUUAACAUUCCUGGCAGUGAAAGCAGGGAAGCCAUUCUCCGUAAAAGGACAGCCGGUAUUCUCGACAUGGGAGGCGUGUCGACCCAGAUAGCAUACGAAGUUCCCAAAACUGUAAGCUUUGCCUCCUCACAGCAGGAAGAAGUCGCUAAGAACUUGUUGGCUGAAUUUAACUUGGGAUGUGAUGUUCACCAAACUGAGCAUGUGUACCGGGUCUACGUGGCCACAUUUCUUGGGUUUGGUGGCAAUGCUGCUCGACAGAGAUACGAAGACCGAAUAUUUGCCAACACAGUUCAAAAGAACAGGCUCCUGGGGAAGCAGACUGGUCUGGCUCCUGACACCCCAUACCUGGACCCUUGCUUACCCCUGGACAUUAAGGACGAAAUCCAGCAAAAUGGGCAGACCAUGUACCUCCGGGGAACAGGAGACUUUGACCUGUGCCGAGAGACCAUCCAGCCUUUCAUGAAUAAAACAAACGAGACGCAGACCUCCCUCAACGGGGUCUACCAGCCUCCCAUUCACUUCCAGAACAGCGAAUUCUAUGGCUUUUCGGAGUUCUACUACUGCACUGAGGAUGUGUUACGAAUGGGGGGGGACUACAACGCUGCUACUUUUACUAAAGCCGCAAAGGAUUAUUGUGCAACAAAGUGGUCGAUCCUGCGGGAACGCUUUGACCGAGGACUGUAUGCCUCACACGCCGACCUCCACAGGCUAAAGUAUCAGUGCUUCAAGUCUGCCUGGAUGUUUGAGGUGUUCCAUAGGGGCUUUUCGUUUCCUGUCAACUACAAAAACUUAAAGACAGCCUUACAAGUUUACGAUAAGGAGGUUCAGUGGACCCUCGGAGCAAUCCUUUACAGGACCCGGUUUUUACCGUUAAGGGAUAUCCAGCAGGAGACCUUCCGGGCCAGUCACGCUCACUGGAGGGGCUUCUCCUUUGUCUACAAUCACUACCUGUUCUCGGGCUGCUUCCUGGUGGUCCUGCUCUCCAUCCUCCUCUACCUGCUGCGGCUGCGGCGCAUUCACAGGCGGACGCUGCGUGGCGCUUCGCCCACCACCCUCUGGCUGGAGGAAGGCCUGCCGUCCCAGAAGAUGGCCGCGUGAACUUAGGGACGGGAGUUCGAGAGCCCAGGAAGACUUUCUGAAGGAAAAGCCAUUUUUGCCUCAGGGUUUCUCCUCCUUAUUCUCUUUCGGCUUUGUUUUUCCUUUCCCUUUUUUGUUCCUUGCAACAAAAACAAACUCCACUGUCGUAAGCUCUGCCUGUCCAGAAAGUGUUGCGGUUAGCCGUUCUGAAUACAGGUUUAAGUGGAGGAAAAAGGGAAAAUGACUUUGUUUUUGCUGCAUAGGAUACCGACGAAGAUUUUUGGCUUUUCUCUGAGGGAUGUUAAAUUUUAAACAGCUGCACUUUGCCUCUGGAGGGAAUGGCAAAGCCGUUUGCCAUCAGUGGUGGUGGCACUGACAAGUGUCGCGUUCUCAGAACCAGAACCCGCCCGGCGGAAAUCGCAGUCCUCUUUUUGUCCGUCUCAAAAGCUCUAAGCUGAAGAGGGUGGUGUGUAGUUUUUACUUACUGUUCAGGUCUGUCACUACAUGUUUUGUUUGUGGGCUGAAAAACUCAAAGCCAUUUAUACCCAAGACGGAGAAAGGCAGGCACCAGGAGGUAACUGUUUUUAAAACUGAUAGUCCUGGAAGAUGUGAAAUAACGACUAGAGCAGUGCACAUGUGUGUGUGAGAGAGUGUUUUGUGUGUGUGUGUGAAAAAGUGAGAGAAUGCGUGUGUGAGAGAAAGUAUGAGAGAGUGUGUGUGUGAGAGAGAGAAAGAAUGUGAGAGAGAAUGUGUGUGUGAAACAGAAUGUGUGUGUGAGAAAGUGUGCGUAUGAGAAAGUGUGGGAGAGAAGCGUGUGUGUGUAGGAGGAAGAGUGUGUGUGAGAGAGAGGGAAUGUGGGUGCAUGAGAGAGCAAUGCUAAGGGUAGAGGAUGAGAGAAUGCAGUGCUCUUUCUUUUGAAAGCACACACACUUCAAAAUUUAUUGUUUCAUUUCUUUUUAUGUAGAAAAAUCCCCAUUACCGUUCAUGCAUUGUCUUUCCUCACCACGGGUAAUGACUUGCUCAGUCGCACCUUUCAGCAGCCUUAGAACAUUAUGUCUUUGAGUUGGAAAAUCCCUCAAGUUUCACCGCUUUCGACAUCAUUGGAACUGGAGCUCGUGCCUGCUGACAGGCACGUCCGCAUUUCUUAGUGGUACGUUUUUCCGGGCUUAAUUGUGCUCUAGUUUCCUCCAACUUCGAGUUGGUGUUCCCCUCCUUAAUUAAAAAUGGUCUCAGUGGUUUUAUUUUGGAGGCCCCCAUGCUUACAGGUUCUCUUUAUUACGGCCAUGAUUGAGGCCAUGGUUGUUAAUACCACUGUAAAUCCAGACGAAGAGAAGGGUCUGACUUCAACAAGGAAUAAACUCACAUUUUGAGAAAACGGGUUCGACAUUUUAAACAAAGACCUAAAGAGGACAGCUGGAUUGGUGUAUGUGAGAUCGGUUGUUUUACACCUUUUCAUUUUGUUUAGAAGCUUUGGGAAUUCUCAUACCUAGUUUUUUAGGUGAAGUUCUUUUUAUGAGUGUGUGUGUAUGUGUGUGUGUGUGUGCGUGCUGUUUCUUAGAACAGUGAAAUUCGGUUGGUUGGUAGCAAAUGUUUAUUUUGAGAACCAUCAGCUGCUUUUUCAGACUUCGUUGAUUAGAGAAAGGAUUCAGAUCCUGGAGCCCUUAUUUAACUUAGAUUUUUAUCUUGUUUAUUAUUUAAAACAUGGCAUACUGUAUCUUGAUGACUUGAAAAGAUUACAAAUGUAUAAAAGAAACGCAAAUUCUCUUACUCUGCUCUUCACAGUGAAUAUUCUAACAGUGAAAAAGUUAUCGGUAGAAUACUUGUCUCUGAGAUCUACGGAAGGUUGGAGGAGCGGCGUCCUGGUACAGCCUCUGAUGUGUGUGGGGUCUUGUUUCAGAGAGGACGGAGGUAAAUGGCCCUGUGAAAGGUCCAGCUUCAGAAACGCUGGUCUCCAGCUAUUCAAGUGCUCGGUCCCUGGUAAAUGCUCUUCCUUAUCAAGACCCAGCCACCGAUGAGCAGUGUUUUAGAUACCCCGGGAGCAGAGUGAGCUGGCAUGCUCGUCCUUGAAUCCUCUGACAGGGUUUGUCCUGUAGACUGCGGGUGGCAUUAGCGGCGAAGAGGGAGUGUGUUUACGCGUUAGCUUUUCUGCUGCCCACCAUUGGGAGUAGUAAGUGACCUGAGAAUGAAACUUUUCAAAUGCCUGGAGUAUGUGAUUUUUGCCUUUAAAAUCAAGGCAAGGAUUAGCCAGCAUAGGCCCAGAUUUAAAUGGGCCUUAGUUCAGACUUCCCACCAUAGAUUGCCACUUUUUAAACAAAGGGUGCCAGUGUGGUCCAGCUCGGUACCGUUUGGGGGCAGAAUCGAGACAGCCAGUUCUGCUUUACACCUAGCCUAGGGAUCCCUCCGCAAGGACCUACCUCAGUCUUCGAAAGAAAUCCCAAACCAGGGUUCCAAGGCCCAAACAACCUUAUACUUUACAUAGUUAAGUGCCCAUGUUCCCCUGCCAAAGAACUCCCAGGACUAGGGCUUGGCCAACUAUUGGCCACAGGGAAAAUCUAGAAGACCUUUGAGCUGAGAAUGGUUUUUCAAUUUUUAAAAGGUUGUUAAAAGAAAAAAAAAGGGGGAAGAAUAUGUGACAGUGUAUGUGACCUGUCGAGCCUAAAAUACUUACUAAAUGUCCCUUUAUGGACAGAUGUCCCUUAAAGAUGUUCACCGACCCCUGCGCGAACGACCCCAUUCAAGAAGGCAUACGCACCACAUUCUCUUAGUUCAUGAGGCUAGUUGCCGUGUAUGGGCACAAAAAGAGCUGGACAAGAGCUGACCAGUUUUCAAUCCUGAAGUAUUUGUGUGUGUACCAGAAUUCCACUUCUUGCCUUUCCCUCUAGAUUAUUUUCAAGGUCAGUUUUCCAGUAAGCCAGCAAACAUGCGUCCCCCCACGGGCUGAGAAGGUGCUGUUCAGGAAGGAGGGCUUGCUGAGUUACGUGGAGAGGCCUGCAUUCUCCACGAGGAUCUCACGUGGGUCUUUCUGACGCAAGGGGGGCCGGGCUGAGAGGCAAGCACGGGAGGAGCUUAUUAAUCCAGGGGAGGAGUUCAUAGCAAUUAAGGGCUGGCCAAGAAGGCAGGGAACUCAGAAUACUUGGAAUAGAAAGCAAAAGAAAUGGCGCCAGUGGGGUUUUCUGGCAGCCUCGUGGAAGAAAACGCCGUGUCGAGCCUUGCUGGGAGUGCCGCUACGGGAGACGCUCUCCUGUCGUCACACUGUGCGCUGCUGCUUUCCAGACCUCCGAGGACGCUCCCCGAGAUCUGGCAGUCCAUUGAAGGACAUCACAGUAACAGUACAAACAUACCCCUUUGUAACCAGUGCUGCUUGCAUAUUUUCACCCUCAACUGCUGGCCUUGGUGCUCCCCAGCCUGGGGGGGGGGGGGGCGGGGGUAAGUUGGAGAGGCUGCGUGUGGCUGCGCCUGGCCCCCCUGGACGGCUGGGAGGGUCACUUGUUCACACCUGCGCACUCAGGUUGGCAACCUUUUAGAUGGACAGAUAUUUAAAGUUUAAACAUCAGGCCUGCAUAGAAUAGUUUUCCUUAGAAGAAGCAUGCAUCAAGAAGCUUGGAAAGGCAAAUGUGUUUUCUAAGCUUUAAAAAAAAAAACAUCGGCUUUAGGGUUUUGUGUGAUUAUGUGCAAUGCAGCAAAACUACCGACACGUAAAUUAUUUAGCUAUUUACUUCUACUUGAGUGUUUUCUUUUUUGUGGUACUGCUUUUCCAGUUCAGUAAUGAAUGAUGUGCCCCACCAAGGAAAAUUCUUUGUUCUGUCACUGAGGUGAUAUUUUACAGUUAGGAAUUACAAAAACUAAGGGAGAUCUUUAAAUGGUUUUUUUUAAAUUUCAAUGAUGUUUUCCAUUCAGGAUAAGGAUAAUGGCCUUUGGGGUGCUGUGGGCUCCGAUGAGUUUCCAUAUUUGGCAGCCUCGUGUUGCCACGCUCACACACAGAAGGGUGUGGAGAGCCAGUAAAAUGAAAGCUCAUCCGCUGGCCCACAGACCCUCUGUGAGCUUGCUUGCUUAUGACCGAAGUAGGUUUUCCUCUGGUGUUUGAAUCUUGUCACCUGUUAGAAUGCUUAGUUGAACUGGAGUCUCAAUUCGGUACAAUAAAUGGUCUGAGUCUGACUGCACACCCUGCAUUUGCUGUAUUUACAUGCAUACAGUGAAGCACACUCAGUCUGUGUUCUGGAGGGAGGGGUCUGCGUGUCCAGCAGCUCACAAGCCAAAUAUUUCACAAGGAGAAAUAUUUACCAAGGUGUAAUAUCAACCCGUGCGUCAAUAGAAAAGGCCAUUCGGUGCCAACUGUUAAUAAGGUUAUCAUUUUAAGAUAUCAACUAUAGGGGCGCCUGGGUGGCUCCCUUGGUUAUGUGUCCCAACUCUUGAUCUCAGCUCAGGUCUUGAUCUCCGGGUUGUGAGUUCAAGCCCCACAUUGGGUGUGAAGCCUACUUUAAAGUAAAUAAAUAAAUAAUAAAUAAAAUAUUAACUCUGAAUAUAGAUCAGAAAACUAGAAUUAAUGAACUUUUAUGUAUUUUUUCUUAUAAAUAGUGAAAUCAAAUGCUAACCUUACAUUACACGGUUCUGCAGUUAGAUCUAAGCUUAAAAGCAUGGGCUUGUUUCCAGAGAAAUGUGAAUCUCCGUGUUUAUGUUACUAACAACUAUUAGAAACUACAAUUCUUUCAGCUGCUUGAGACUGUAUAGAGGUUUACCCUGGGGUGGGAGGAGGUGAGCCCGAGCCAUAACCCAAAAACAGAUGAUGGAGACAGGUGGAGCGGGAAGGGACCGGCUGUUAACAAAAAGAAGAGCCUAAGACAUAUGUAUGGAAGGGUGUGAGGGACUAGCAGAGCACAGUGGGAGUUCAGCGUGAGCACAGAAGCACGGUACGUGGAAGGCAGAAAGAAUGGGAUGAUGAAGUUGAAAGAGAACUUGCUUAAAUAAUUUCUGAGGUGGGACAAUAAAUACAGGUCUUUGGGCCUGAGGGCAAAUAAAAUAUUUAAGGCAGCUAAAGAUGUCUAAAUUUUACUCCACUUGAUUGACGAGAAGUAAGUACCUGUUUCCAACAGCUGCCCGUGUCAACAGGGCCGAAAGGCCGUGGUUUGGGAUUUUUGUUUAUUAUCUGUUUCCAUUUGCCCCACGAAUGUGUAAUGCACGGGAGGCUUUUUUUUUUUUCCACCCUGAAAUGUUAAUGGUUUGCACAGAGGGGUUCUGGCGUUCGCACUGGUCUGGGAGCAGAGACUCCAACGUCAUCUGUAUCGCAGUCAGACUGUCUUCUUAUGGAAAGGUCAUCAGAGGACAAAGCAGUGCCCCUUCACCCCAGUGGCCCGUGUGGCAGAUUCUGCGAUUUGCCUGGAGCAUCAGCAUCUGCUUGAAACCCAACACCUCGAGGUGUCCUCCCAGCCCCACCUUGUGUGAGCGCCUGAUGGCCUCAGCCUGCCAUUCCCCUCUUCUUAACAAAAAAGAAGUGACCGGUUGAGGCAUUUCCAUUUGUUCUUAAGAAGGUGUUAGUUCCCCCAGCAGUGUUGUCUCUUUCUAUCAAUAUAUCCAUUAAGGUUGACUAAGCCCUGCCUCAGCCAAGACAGCGGCUUUGGCCUCCUAUCUUUGCCCUUCACCCUUGAUCCUGUUUGGCAGGCGAAUUAGCUCUGGGCUCCAGACUUCACGGCCGCUUAAACGUUUCUGUCAACAGCCUGUUGUGUGUAAGAGACCCAAAUAAGAAAACCCAGCCUGCAAAAGGAUUUCUGCCCUGAGAAAAAUGCUGAAAGCCCCUCACAGAACAUAAUGGGGGUAGUCGCAAAAGACAGGAGGCUUGUCUAAAUGCAUAAACUCAACGAAAUGGAGGGAAAAGGAGACACUUUUUUCUUCCUGAAAAAAGGAGAAGGGGGAAGGAAGAGUUGGUCUGUGGCCAGGUCAUGAGUGCCCUCCUCAUUCCCCGUGUGGGACUUACUCUGUCACUGUAUUAUGAUUUCUAGGAAGUACCCAGGUCUGUUCUCACAGGUUUAUGAUUGGUAAGGGUUUUUUUAAUUAAAAACUUUUUAAUGUUUAUUUAUUUUUAAAAGAGAGAAACAGAGUGCAAGCAGGGGAGGGGCAGAAAGAGAGGGAGACACAGAGUCUGAAGCAGGCUCCAGGCUCUGAGCUGUCAGCAAAGAUCCCGACACGGGGCUCGAACUCACAAACCAUGAGAUCAUGACCUGAGCCAAAGUCAAACACUUGACUGACUGAGCCACCCAGGUACCCCUGAAGCGGGCAAUUUUGGAAAGAUGAAUCAUACUCGUCCUGCCUGUGAUUUCACGGCCUCAACUCCAGGAACCACACCCCACACUUUCUCCUAAAAUUCCAUCUUUUCCACCCGGCACAAGCUUUAUCUAUUACUUAGAUUUGAGAUGAAGACUGAGACACUUAAAUGUUUGGGUUUUUUUUUAAGUUUAUUUAUUUUGAGACAGAGACAGUGUGAGUGAGGGAGGUGCAGAGAGAGAAGGAGAGAGAGAGAAUCCCAAGCAGGUUUUGCACUGUCUGCAGAGCCCGAUGUGGGGGCUUGAUCCCACGAACAUCAUGACCUGAGCUGAAACCAAGAGUCAGACACGUAACCUACUGAGCCACCCGGGCACCUCAAGACACUUAAAUAGGUUCUGCUUAGCCUUGUUAUUUUAUUUGGGUCAUGGCAGCCCAAGAAGAUUUUCUGGAACUGCCCAGCCAUUCUCCAUUCUGUUCGAAUAAACAUGUUUAAAUUACCUUCCACCUUUUGUGGCCCUGUGGUCCAUCAGUGAGUGUGUCUGUUCCACCCUGAUGACCCUCCUUGCACAUGGAUCGUGAUGCGUUUACUUCACGUAUUUGUAUAUUUAGAACUGAUCCAACGAAGAAAUACUUUGUGGCGUGUAGUUCUUCCUCAAUAUUUGUUCUAAUCAAAAUCUAGUUUCUUGGUCACAUGACCACUUCUGAGUGUCUACGGCUUGUGAAGCAGCUCUUUUUACAAAGCUUUUAUUCUCAGUCUGCUUUCUUCUUUCAGGAUGGCCGAGCUCCACUCAGUUUCAGCACCACAUGCAGCGUGAUGUGCCGGGUGAAAUGGGGUCCCAGGCCUCUCUGGAAUCUGUCCACUUCCUCCCUCCCACCAUGAAGUUUGCUAAGGGAGUGUUGCAUUUUAUGGCUAUGUUUAGCAAAACUUAGGAAAACCAAAUUUACUUCAAGUGCCUUCCUUUCUUCUCAACCCAAUCACUCCUUGAAGAAAAGGAAAAAGAAACCCCAGAAUCAGGUAGAAAUGAAUAGGGGCAAACUAGAUGGAUGUUUCCCAAAACCCAGCAUAGAGGAAGGUAAUUUCUGUAUAUUGAUCUUGUUCUAAGCAUAACUUCAGAAGUUUUUUUUACUCUAAAUUAUCCUUAAAAGUCGUCACCUUUUUACCCCUCCCCUCCCCCGCAGAGCACCCAAUGUAAGAAAGAAUGGAUUUAGAAACAUCAGAAGUAAAGAUUUCUGUUCAGCAGCCAUCACAAUCAAAGCUAACAGAUGGCAGACUAAGAAGGCAUUUGCAGUGACUCAAAUUGACAAGGGAUUAAUAUAUAUUUACAAGGUUUCUUGCAAACCGGGGAGCCUGGGUGGCUCUGUCAGUUGAGAGUCCGACUUCGGCUCGGGUCAUGAUCUCCCAGUUCAUGAGUUCGAGCUCCCCGUCGAGCUCUGUGCUGACGACUCAGAGCCUGGAGCCUGCUUCAGAUUCCGUGUCUCCCCCUCUGCCCUUUCCCCGCUCAUGCUCUGUCUCUCUCUCUCAAAGAUGAAUAAACAUUAAAAAAAAAAAAAAAAAAAAA